AAAACCUAAAUUAUGCUAGCAAAGCGAUUAAAGAUGAAGAAAAUGACAUGUUGAUUGAUGAAAAAAAUGAAGAUUUAGAAAGUAACGAUUCUGAUGACAGUAAUAAUAAUGGUGGUAAAAAGAAUAUAAAAGGCAAAAAACGAAUAAGCAGUUCUGAUGAAACAUUUCAGCCAAAAAGAAGAAAAUAA